AUUGAAGAAAAAGGCAAACAAACAGUGCAUAUUUUGUUUCAGUGUAACUCGAAGUGUGAAUUUUGUGUAAAAUAAUACCACGUUCGACAUGCAAAAGCGCUGCAAAAUAAAAUAUAAAAGUCAAAGUUAGUGAAAAAAUAAAUAAAAACGACCAGCAAAUAAAUAAUAUAAUUUACAUGAACAACGCAAAAGUUUGAAUAAUUAAAAUUUUUUCUUCGCCUGCUGCUUAGUAAGUGUCACUGUGAAAACGAAAUGCCAGCUUGUUGAAAAGCCAGAGCAGCAAAUAAAAAAAUCGUUUUACAAAGUAAAACCAAAUUAAACAAAUGUAAAUUUUUAAAAAGUACCUAAAUUAAAAUAUUUAAGAAAAUACAAACAAGUUCAAAACAGUGUUUUAAAAAAUUUGUAAAAAUUAUGAGAAGUUUUGAAAAGUGCCGCAGCUAUAUUAAAGCAUAAAAAAUAAACAAGCACUGCGUUGGUCUGCAAGUUUAUACAACGAAAAUAAUAAAAUUUCCACUAAAAAUCCAAAUUUUCACAAAAAAACCAAAAUUGCCACAAUAAACGUGUGGUAAAACCUCCGAAAAACGUGCCACUCAUGGCAAAAUCAUUUACGCAGUUUAUUGACACGCUCCCACAAUUUUCCGUGUUACAUUUUCCCCACAGUGUUUAUGUGUUGUGUUUGUGCGUGAACGCCUAAAAGCUACACAAAUAUAUACCUAUAUAUUUUCGAUUUCUUUGUUAUUGUGUUGCAUUGUGCAUUUAUUUCGUACAAAUAUAUACAUAUACUUGUGCAGCAAUAUUAAUUUAUUUUCGUCUACGUUUGGUUUGUGCAUAAACUCGAGCAGUGCUUCGUAUUGCCGUCUACAAUUUACCACAGCAACGUAAAAAUACACCCUUUAUCUCUUACACACAAAAACAUACACCAAAAAAUAGAUCAAUGAGCUGAAAACCGACAAAUAUCACUAAUAACAACCGCAUACAUACUGUAUACAUACAUAACCACACAAAAAAUAUUUUCCCAAGAAGUGAUAAGAACCAGCAAAUCAAUGUCGUUCAAAAGAAAAUAUUAUCGACGUUAAGUGUAGUGAGUUAUUUUAAGUUGUGUACAAUUAUAAAGUCCCUGUCCCCCCCAAAAAAAAAAAAGUUUAAACGUUGUGCUGUUAAAUUAAGCGUCCAAGAGCAAAUUUAUUAAACAAAAACUAACCCUUAAACCAUUUUAUCAGUUAACAAUCUUACGAAACGAUUUUAUAUAAACGAAAAACGAACAAAAAAUCUACCUGCAAGGCAGUAUUUUCCACAAAUGGCCACAAAUUCUACACGCAUAGGGGAUAGCAACAACAGCACUGAAGAGAGUAAAUGUACCCUAUCGAAACACAACGCCGCCACAGCAAUGACGCACGAAGAGCACACAAAUACCGCCGAAACGUUGCAGAGCGAUAGUGCGAACACGCAAGCAGCAGACCAACCGAGUAUUAGCGCUAAUAAUGCUGGAACGGGCAUCCAGCAUGCCGUGGGCCCACAACGGUUGGGUGACGAUGUCUUCGAAAACGCCUUCGAUGAGUCCAUGGAUUGCCUGGAACAGGCCGAAGCGGAUGGUUAUGAAUCGGACUCGGAAAGCGCCAAUGAGUACGACGAUACAGUCAGCGAUUCUGUGACGACUGGAUUGCGUACCAUUGACAGUGAACAUCUGACUUUCUCCAGUGGUUUUGGCAGCUCGAUGUUGUCGAGUUUUCCGCCUACAGGUUCGUACGAUUACAACAGUUGUAGCAGUAGCAGCGACAGCGAAGAAGAAGUAUGCGCAGGCGUGCAACAUGACGAACGGACGGGCAAGUUCCUACCCGUCGAGUCACGUCAUUUAGAUAUCUUCCAUACGCGUCCAUAUUUAUUGCCAUUCGUAGAGCGCCGACGUUUGUCGCAAUGCAAGGAAGAGGAUGAGGAUGAUGGCGAGAAGUCACCACAGCCAACCACAAGUGGCAUGUCGGCGCCAAAGUUUGAGAAGUCGACACUACCCACACCGCCACCACCACCACCAACCACUGACGAGGCAGCGGCAGAAAAGUUUAAGGAGCUGGAACGUUUGCGUCAGCAAUUUAUGCAUAAAAUCGACAGUAUCAACACUAAUAAUGUGGAUGAUAUCAAAACGGUUACAGUGACCGCAGAAAAUUUUUCACCACCCCCACCACCACCAAUACCGCCAACAAUAUUGCCACCAUCGCUUAUUAAUUUGCUGCAGUCGACCAAGAAGAAACCACUGCCGAUGAUUAAGGCUGCCGAACCGCGUAAGGCAAUUAUGCCGGCACCGCAAAUAUCAGCGGCGUCAAACGAAGUCGCCGCGGUGAAUAACCAUAUGCCGCUCGCUAGUUCUACAGGCAGCAUAGUCACCACAAACCUCAAUGAAUCAUCAACGCUGUUGACAACACAAGCGCAGCCAACCGCGCCAAGUUUCGCCUCAAACACCACCGCAAUAGCCAGCAACAAUGCAGCAUUGAAUGUGUCAAAACACGCCGAACCGAAUUUGCCGCAUGCCGAGAGCUCUGAGAUGCUUAUUAUUAAAGGUAAAUUUACCGUAACCAAAGCAAAGGAGACGCCCGAACUACAACAAUUGCGCACUGAGGCCGAUAAGCUGAAACAUUUGAGCUCAAGCGCCAAUGCACAUACCAUCAGCUUUCCCAGCAGUUAUGGUGGUUACACCUCUGUACAGGGACUCUUCUCACAGCGUUACGGUAGUCACAAAUUUCCCACCGCCGUGCCGCACCUUUCCAAGAAAUUUUUCGAUGCCUCGCUGGUUGAAAUCCGUACGCCGGAUGCCAGCAAUACAUCGCUCAAUCAGAUUGGCAACGAAGAGCGUCCGAAGAGUGAACAGAUCUCCAAAAGUACAGUGAACGCCACAUCUGCGCCUGCAUCCACACCCGCAACCAAAAACACAACAACUCUCAUUCACCACCAAAGUUACAAUAAUUGUGAUAAUAGUUUAGUGAAACCACCCGGCAAUCUAGCGCAUUUAGAUGAUGUGUGGAUCAAAAGAUCAGCGGUCAAAACUCCAUCAGCAAGGAGGCAAACGCUAGAUGAGAGUGCAUUAGGGAUUGGGCGCACAACAGCUGCGCCUUCGGAAGAUGAACAAGAUGGACGCUUGCCAGGUUCGCGACCCUCCAGCGCGCCGGCGGAACCCAAUGCCAAAGCAGCACGAAAGGCUUCCAAAAAGAUGGAGAAGGAGGCGCGACGACAGGAAAAGGAAGCCAGUCGUCGCGAGAAGGAGGCGCGCAAGUUGGAGCGCGAAACGGCGCGACGUCAAGAACGCGAGGCGGCUAAAUUGGAGAAGCUCAAUCGCAAUAUGGAGAAAAUAUCGCGUAGUACAGAGCGUGUUGGCUCCUCGACGCGCUCCGGUUCGUUGGAGCGACGUCGCAGCGGCGAAGACUCGCCCGUGCUCAACCAGUCGACCGUGCACGGUAUAGCCAGCCCGAAUCGACGUCCCACCAUCUUCGAUGUGUUUCGACAGCGCGCCAAAUCCGAUGCUAAACGCAAAGAUUCACUGCUCUUGGCCGCUGGCAGUGGCGGUGUUGCCGGUGCGCCCGGCACAGACAACAGCAGCUCGAGUAGCACACACUCUGGCACUGGUGGCGGCGGCGGCAGCGGCGGCAUAAUGAAUCAAAUGAAGGUGGCCAUGCAGAAUUCAGGGCUAAUUGGUCAUCAUCAUCAUGAUAAGCGUCAACAUCCGGCGGUCACGAUAACCGCCGCCGAGGGUGGCAGUGCGAAGAAUAAGUACAAAGAUGGAUCGGCGCAUCCGCAUCAAGGCAGCGAUGCCCAGUACUAUCACACCGUUACAGCGGUACGUCGCUCAGACGCAUCCCGCUCACCUAUGACCAAAGUGAUGGAUUUGUUUAGAAGCCGUUCAAAUUCAGCGGCCACCGAGGCGGACAAACGCAAAGCGCGAGCAGCAGCGCAUCAACAACAGUUAGCCGUGCAAAGUGCUCAUAUGCGUCGGGCCUCAGCCGAUUUGGAGAAACGGCGUGCUUCUUUGGGUGCAGCUAGUCGAGGCUUACGUGGUGAUGGCACAUUAGAUCCUCAACACGCCGCCAUUUUAUUCCGUGAUUCCAGAGGGUUGCCAGUUGCUGAUCCAUUCCUGGAAAAAGUAAACCUCUCCGAUUUUGAAGAAGACGACUCACAAAUUUUCGUGAAAUUCUUCCGGUUCCAUAAGUGCUAUGAUCUAAUACCAACCUCAGCUAAAUUGGUUGUAUUCGAUACACAAUUGCUGGUGAAGAAAGCUUUCUAUGCACUCGUCUAUAAUGGUGUACGUGCAGCACCGCUCUGGGAUUCACAAAAACAACAAUUCGUUGGCAUGUUAACCAUAACCGAUUUUAUAAAGAUUCUACAAAUGUAUUAUAAGUCACCAAAUGCAUCAAUGGAACAAUUGGAGGAGCACAAAUUGGACACAUGGCGAAAUGUGCUGCACAAUCAGGUUAUGCCAUUGGUUAGCAUCAGUCCGGAUGCUUCACUCUACGAUGCCAUUAAAAUUCUCAUACACAAUCGUAUCCAUCGAUUACCAGUCAUUGAUCCAGCGACGGGCAAUGUUUUGUAUAUAUUAACACAUAAACGCAUACUGAGGUUCCUCUUCUUAUAUAUUAACGAAUUACCAAAGCCCUCGUAUAUGCAAAAGACCUUGCGUGAUUUAAGGAUCGGCACAUACGACAACAUUGAGACUGCGGACGAGAACACAAGCAUUAUAAUGGCGUUGAAGAAAUUUGUGGAGCGACGAGUAUCGGCUUUGCCGUUAGUGGACUCCGAAGGGCGGCUUGUUGAUAUUUACGCGAAGUUCGACGUAAUUAACUUGGCCGCCGAGAAGACCUACAACGAUUUAGAUGUCUCGCUGCGCAAAGCAAAUGAACACCGCAACGAAUGGUUCGAAGGUGUGCACAAUUGUCGCUUAGAUGAGACACUCUACACAAUUAUGGAGCGUAUUGUGCGCGCCGAAGUGCAUCGUCUCGUUGUCGUUGAUGAGAAUCAGAAAGUGAUUGGUAUUAUUUCACUGUCCGAUAUACUGUUGUACCUGGUUUUACGUCCAAGUGGCGAAGGUUUAGGCAACUCUGAAAAUUCAUUACGCGCCUCUGAUCCCAUUUUGCGACGCAAAUCGUCCGAUGACGAAGAUGCCGAUACAAAAUCAUCGGGCAGUCGUAGUAUUAUUGAUGAUAUACCCGAGGAGGAGCCAGCAUUGGUGACAACAACAACAGCGCCCACAUCGGCGCCACCGCCAACGAACGGUGACGAAAUUAAAAGCGAGUCGAAUGAGGAGCUUGAUGCCUCAACACAACAAAAGCAAAAUGGUGAUAGUAGUAAUACCGCUGAAGUGUCCUUUGCCGCCGAGGCGGAAGAAGAUCCCGUGGACGAUGCCGAUCAGUUAAGUGAUAAUGAUGAUGAUGUCGUGACUGGGCAAUUUGUGGAUCUGAAGAAAUCGCUCGACGCGUCAGCGGAUGAUGACAGAGAAUUGGAAACGGCCGCGUCGGCAGCCUCAGCGCUGGGUGGCAUGCCAACAACGACGGCACGCGAGAUGGCGCUUGUUAGUGAAUAAUUUUUUUUUUUAAUUAUACAUUAAUAUAUCAAGCUACAAACAAACAUAUAUUAUAUACAUACAUACAUACAUAUAUUUAAGUAUGCGUUUUUUUAGUCAGCGAAUUACAAACAAACAAUAGAUUUGAUAAACUUGAACGUUGCUAUGAAUGCUUCAAAGCCUUAUUAAUAUAAAAGAAAAAGAAAAACAAAAAAAAAAACAUUCGAGGAGAGUGUUUAAAUUUUUUUGAAUGCAUUGGAUUAAUUGUGUGUGCAAACUGCAGUCAACGCUGGGAACGAGUGAGUCGCUGACACUCGGACGAAGAGCGAAGGAUCGUGCAACAAUCUUUGAGGCUCGAAAGGAGCUUCGGAAAGGCUGCGUGUUGACGCUUAGUCACACACAUGCACAUACACACAUUAAACAGUGGCAAGGCAAGUGUAAUAAUCAAGGUUUUUUGAUAGGGCUCAGCGAACCUCUUAUAUUUAUAAGAUGAAGAAAAAUUAGUGUUUUUUUAAACUUAAGUAGAAAUUAUUGCAAAACUACAAAGCAAGCAACAUAAAACAAAACAAACACAAAACUGCUUGUACUAUAAAAAGUCAAUAAAGAGAAUUAUGAUACUUCUAUGAUGCAGAUAACGGUUAAAUUAUUAGUUGCUAUCAGUUGUAAGUAAACAUGCGCCUUAA